AACAAGCUCAUUCUCCAAGCUGCGAUCCUCAAGCCCAAAUCCUCUCCGAGGCACACACAAAAACUGAAGACAAUGCCAAACAUACUACGCCUCUUUCUCCUACUUACCGCCCUUCUGCUUUGUGCUGUCCAUGGCAGCUCUAUGCCUUCUGACUGUGAUGAUGAUGGCGGGGACAACGAGUGCUCUGCCUACCUACCUCCAGCCCACAAUCCUCACCUGACGCUUCGGAACGGGGUAAGAAUGCCUCUGUUUUCGAUGGGAGUGGCCCAUGUUACCUCUGGAUCCCCUCUUGUUGAGAACAAUCGAACCUUUGUGGGAUUUUCUCCCUCCAAAUCAUUUCGACAAAUCGAACUGUCGCUCCAAAAAGGUAUUCGAUCCUUUGAUACAGCCCUUGUGUAUGGCACCCAACCACAUUUGGGUCAAGUUCUGGGACAGUGGUGGGCAUCCGGGAGACUCCAAUCACGAGAAGAAGUGUUUAUAACCACCAAAGUUUUCACGUUUCCAGCACACAAAUUUGGGCUGAAACGCAAUCAUCCAUGGAAUUUGAAUGACCUGACACCCCAACAAGUCAGCAUUCAAACAGAAGAUUACAUUGAGCAAUGUUUGCACGAGCUGAAUGUUGGCUAUAUUGACUUGUUGUUGAUGCAUUGGCCAUCUGGACCAGGGCAGGAGGAAGGCAUCAGUAGACAGCGACGCUUGGCGGCGUGGAAGGUCUUUGAAGACUUUUAUGAUCGAGGUUGGGUCAGGGCUGUGGGUGUCUCCAACUUUUCUGAACGGCACAUUGAUCAACUCAUGCAAGAUGGAGCCAUCAUUUGGCCCAUGGUGAAUCAAAUUGAAGCUUCCCCAUACCUCCAGUAUGAAAGUAUCCUCAGAUAUUGCCAAGAUCACGAGAUUCAGCCACAAUCAUAUGCUCCCCUUGGAAGUGGAUUGCUGAAUGUUCAAGAGGAUGCCGUUUUGCUGGAACUCGCCAAUGUGCAUCAAAAAGAUGUUGGACAAGUGGUGUUUCGGUAUCUGAUUCAAAGAGGAUAUGCCAUUGCCUUUUUGACACAGUCACCAAACCGAAUGGUCAGCAAUUUGGAUGUGUUUGACUUUGAGUUGAAUGAGGAUGAAUUGAAAGCAAUCCACUCAUUGAGCAGAGUCAAUGCAACCUUUGGAGUGCCCACUCGGUAUGAAUUGCCACGAUGAAAUGGCCGUUGAUGAAGCUUCCUGGAUAACUCUUCGCAAGCACAUUUUCUCCUCUCUGACCAUGCAUCUAGCUAUGAUAGUGCUAAGCAAAAUCAGCCGGCCCACGCAAACAGCAGCGCAGCUCGCUUACCAUCACACCAGCCACUGAUCUCUAGCCAGCGAGCACACUAUUGAAUGCACAUGUCAUCGUAGUAGUAGAUAUCGAUCGGUUGCAGCUAGCCAAUUUGACACAAAGUAGCCUCCUCCCGUCAAAGUACAUGUAGCUAGCUUGGUCGUUCUGCUUCCGCUUACCACGGAAUUUUCAUGUGACUGCCCUUGGAGGAGCGGAGAAAUAGCGCCGCUGCCUGGGGAAAUUUAAGUGGCGGCAAGCAAGCAAGCAAACCCCAUUCUUGUAGACAAGCAAAGCAACUCCGGAACUGGAGCAGGGUAGCACUGCGGAAAGAUAGGCAACCUGCUGACCGGACCCAAGAAAUUGGCUGCCAUGAAGACCACAAAGUCCCCGUCGAAGCAACGAUGGGACCCCCGCCAGGAACCGAGGGAUUGAGUCGAUGCUUAUAAUAGUCCUACCGUGAAGAGUCGAGGCAACGGGCUCUUUGGAUAACUCCACUGUGAGCCAGGUCAGUCUCGCACGCAGUCUGGCUACUGGUGGCUAGCUAUCUGAGAAAUUGAUGAAGCAUAAGAUAAAGGAGAUAAUUUG